UAAUUUGAUCCGAUCCAUCGUGUAAUCGCCUCAAUCUAGGAUAUUUCAGCCAGAAAAGCCACCGGGCGGUGUCCAUCCCAUUCUACUUUAAAUCAACAUCACCUUCAACGCCAUGGCAUCCUCCCUCGACGUCAACAACGCCCGCUUCAACGCCGAGGCGGCCGACUGGGAUAACAACGUCAAGCACGUCGAGUCGACACAGAAAGCCCUCGAUGCAAUCAGGCGCCACGUCCCAGCCUUUGCAGAUGGCGCAGCCAAAGACCUGGACGUCCUCGAGAUUGGCUGCGGGACAGGCCUCCUCUCAUUCCUACUAGCCCCGCACGUCCGCACUCUGAUCGGCGUCGACACGGCCUCGGGCAUGCUAUCCGGCUUCAACGCCAAGCUAGCCGCGCUACCUGACCGCGACGCCGCCAACCUCACCAGCGUCAACGUGCUGCUGCAAGACCCGGACGAUGCCGCACUGCAAAAAGCCGGCUCGGAGCUCGACUCCCGCAUCGCCGGCUCGUCGGCAUCACCACCUCCUCAGCCGCGCCGCUUCGACCUGAUCGUGUCGCACCUGACGCUGCACCACAUCCCCUCCAUGCCCGAGAUCUUCAGCACGCUGACCGCCUGCCUCAAGCCGGGCGGCCGGGUCGCCGUGACCGACUACGAGGACUACGGCGACGAGGCGAUCGCGUUCCACCCGGUCGCCAAGCGCCAAGGGGUCGAAAGGCACGGUAUCCGCAAGGCCGAGGUCGAGGAGGCGAUGCGCCGGGCCGGCCUGGUGGACGUUUCCGUCAAGGAGGCGUUUGUGCUUCGCAAGGAGGUCGAGGCCGAGGGCGGAAACCCUGCAAGGGCGAUGGAUUUUCCGUUUCUGAUCAUGCUUGGUAAGAAAAAGGAGUAGCAGGUCGCCAAUGACCGGGGGAGGAACUGGGAUGGCCAAGAAUUAAAAAAGAAAUCGGGCUGUGCCGUCUCGGGUGUUUACUGCACUGUGUUUUGGCAGGCCGGGGGGAGAAACGGGCUUGACGGGGACAAAAGAGAUCAUAAUGAUCGUGGAUUAUAGAUCUUGCAUACUGUGGGUCGCACCCAGGGAUGCGAGUGUCUCGGAAGUCUUAUUUUCCAGCAGGGGUAAUACUGUUAAUGCAUGACAGUUCCAAGAGGCGAGGAAACAGGGGCAAGUCAACCAGAAAAAAAUAUCGGGAAAUGAUCAGCUUUGCUUGGCAGAAGCCACAUUCUGUAUUUUUCAGUCCCUGGUAUCGUGAAAUGUAAAAAUACAACAGAAAAAUCAACAGAGCCCUGCCUGUCAAAGGCAGGGGAUGCGACAAGAAGAAGGGAAAAAAAUAAAAAAAGAAUGACAAAACAGGAAACACUGCCCAUAGAUGGGUGAUCAAUGAAUGUAAUACACCGUGAAAGGCCCAAAUUUCCAAAACCCAAAAUCCUACAACAACCUCACUUAUACAAAUGCCCCAAGAAAAUUCAGUGUGCUAUGUUAGCUCCGAUGGCCGCUUAGGCUAGGAGGCCAGAUGAAGAAGACAGUACGCGAGCGCUCAAUGGAGCGAAGUCGCUUAGGAGCGGUUGUCCAGGGACAUGCGCUUGCGCAGCCUGUAUGCGAUGGCGCGCUUGCGGGCGGCAGCGGACUGGGUGAAGGCAGCGCUGCCACCGAAGG